UAACAAGAUGUUUUGUGUUGUCAGGUGUAUUGCGAGUAUGGCAUGGUGCGGGUUCUGUCUGAGAAAGGGAACAGUAAAGGAAAGGACUACUGUAUCCUCUUCAAUUCUCAGUGGGCUCACUUGCCGCAUGACCUGGGAAAAGCUGCCCUUUUGCAGCUUCAGAAUCAAACAGCAUCUGUCUUGUGUUCUCCUUCUGAUGUACCAGAUGGAGGGUUCCAUAACAGAAUCCCUAUGGUGAUGCGGAAGAACUGCACCUUUUAUGAGAAAGUCAGGCUUGCUCAGAUCAAUGGAGCUCGGGGUUUGCUGAUAGUCAGUAAAGAGAAACUGGGUCCCCCUAAAGGUAACUGGAGUCAGUAUGAAGAGAUUGACAUUCCCGUGGCUCUGCUUAGCUACACGGACAUGUUAGACAUUGGAAAGAGUUUUGGCGAAUCGGUGAAGGUGGCAAUGUAUGCGCCAAAUGAACCUGUUCUUGACUAUAACAUGGUGAUUAUCUUCGUAAUGGCUGUGGGCACGGUUGCAAUUGGAGGCUAUUGGGCAGGAAGCAGAGAUGUGAAAAAGCGAUACAUGAAGCACAAACGUGAUGAUGGGGCAGAAAAACAUGACGACGAAACAGUUGAUGUCACUCCCAUCAUGAUCUGUAUAUUUGUGGUGAUGUGCUGCUCUAUGCUGGUCCUUCUUUAUUUCUUCUAUGAUGACUUAGUCUAUGUUAUUAUAGGGAUUUUCUGCCUGGCUGCCUCCAUUGGUCUCUACAGUUGUCUGUCUCCCUUUGUAAGAAGAUUCCCAUUGGGGAAAUGCAGGAUCCCUGACAACAACUUGCCAUAUUUUCACAAGCGUCCGCAGGUUCGGAUGUUGCUUCUGGCUGUGUUUUGUAUCUCCGUUAGUGUGGUCUGGGGAGUCUUCAGGAAUGAAGAUCAAUGGGCAUGGGUUCUGCAAGAUGCUCUGGGAAUUGCCUUCUGCCUUUACAUGUUGAAAACAAUCCGACUCCCUACAUUCAAGGGUUGCACCUUGCUCCUGACGGUUCUUUUUGUGUAUGAUGUGUUCUUUGUUUUCAUCACACCUUAUAUAACAAAGUCAGGUCAGAGUAUAAUGGUGGAGGUGGCUACGGGCCCGACUGACUCUGCCACUCAUGAAAAGCUCCCCAUGGUCCUGAAGGUUCCAAGACUGAACUCCUCACCGUUGGCUCUUUGUGAUAGGCCUUUUUCCCUGCUAGGAUUUGGAGACAUCUUAGUUCCAGGCUUGCUGGUAGCCUACUGCCAUCGGUUUGAUAUUCAGGUGCAAUCCUCCCGAAUCUAUUUUGUAGCCUGCACUAUAGCAUAUGGCAUUGGCCUUCUGGUGACCUUUGUAGCCUUGGCGUUGAUGCAGAAGGGCCAGCCAGCUCUGCUCUACUUGGUGCCCUGUACGCUGCUCACUAGUUUUACUGUGGCUCUUUGGCGAAAGGAGCUUACAAUGUUCUGGACGGGCAGCGGCUUUGCGAAAGACCUACCUCAUCCUCCAUUGGUGCUGGCCCCUGUCAGCUGCCCCAACCCCCCCAAAGAUAUGAAUGCACCAGCAUCUCAACAAGAAUCAAAACAACAAAUGACCAACCCCACACUCCAUGCAGAUGAUCAAAAUAACCCCUCCGUGUGUGCAGAAGAGCAGCCUCACUUGGGUACCAAGGAGCUGACCAGUCCCAGCUUGCAAACAGACCAACCACAAAUUCCCAUCCCACAGAUCCAACAAGAAAGCAGUCAGAACAAGGAUGAUCCUGAAAGCAAGAACCUAAGAGUAGAAAAGACCCAGCCAGCCUAGAGGAUAAAAUAGGAAACCACUUUUCCUUCUCCCCAACUCCAAACUUCCCCGUGCAAAACCAGAAAACCAGUCAGUAGGCUGGUUGAGCAGUGUUCACGUUCAUUGAGGAACCUCGCUGGAAAUCUGAUCAAGUGCAAGAAUAUUCUACCUUGGACUUCAGAUACAACUAUACAUUUCAAACAGCUUUCUGAAAUAUGGUGCUUUACAAAGAUUCUCUAAUGUAUGAAUUUCCAUGAUCAUUUUAUUAGUUGGAUGCCUUUUACCUUUCCUGUUUCAUUAUGCCAGGGUAAUAUUGAGAAUUUUGACUUAUCCAGUACUCUGGGCUUGUGUGGCUGUUGUGCUGCUUUUGCGUAGUGUAGACUAAUGUGGAGGAAAAGCAUCGGACAAGUCUUCUACAGAGCUAAGCAGAGAGAAAUACUGUAGUUUUGUAGAAUUUUCUCUCCUUGAGACUUUUAAAUUUCUGCUUGUAAAAGCCAUUGCUGCAAGUGAAUGGUUUAGGAUAAACUGACACUCUCAAGAAAUGCUGAGAACUGGCUAAAUUACCAGCCCUCUAAAAGGAUUUGUUUUUCCAUGGUGCAUGAAAUGCAUCUCUCUUCUCAACAUUUUUUUCCAGUUCCAGGUGCCCAGGUUGGCUGAUACUAUAGAUUGAAAGGCAGGAUGCAUGGAUCUACAGGAAGCACUGUAAGCACUCCUAUGAAUUCUAGGGGCUGUCUUUGAAAGAAAAUGUUUACUCAGUGGAUCUUGAAGAAUAAUACACAGUAGGCAAGAUUACUACACGUAUCUUUGAUGCUUUGUUUUGUUUUGAAAAGCAUCCCAGUCCCUUAAUUGCUAGAUACAUCUGAUCAAAAAUAGUAACAUUCUGCACAGCUUAGUUGUCCGUCAGAAUGGUCUGUUGAAGACUUCAGGGACUAACACUGAUACUGGAAGUUCAGCUGGUUUCUCUGACUCUCUCACUAUCAUUUUUAUUUCUGUGGGUUUGUCUGCAUUACAGAUAUUUGGCUGACAGUGCUGUACAAAAAUCUUUAGUGUAAAUGCAGCAUAUGCCAACAGAAGACUUUUUCUGCUAGCGAAGGGACACCAAUUCUCCAGACUGUUCACUGUGCCCCACUGAGCUAAAUUCUGUAGCACUCUUCUGUUGCCACAGCUGCAGUUACAUUUGGCAUGCUGCUGUUGACUGCAAGGAGGGGUUCACUCGGUUAGCCACCAUAGCUCUGCGGAGAAAACUGUGUCAUGUAGAUUGAAUCUAUUGCUGAAGAAAAGUGUGACAUUCUCUAAAGCAGGCCUGUGGUGGUGCAGCUGUUUGUGCUUUUCAGCCUCUUUAUAACUGGUCAGCUGCCUCACGUCAGCUUUUGUUUUUGUCCUAGGAUUGGUCUAAGUUUGACCUGCAGGGUUCUAGAAGGAGGUCACAGCCACCUUCAUUUGUGCUAGCACUGCAGAAUACAGGCCCUACCAUGACACGGGAGAGCUACAGCUACACAAUGAAGUUUAGGGAGACUUCAGUCUAUUCAGCUUUAUCCAGAUUAGGUGCAACUGCCCUUAAAUUGCCAGCACUGCUUUUCAGCAUCCAGAAUAUGGGCCUCUCUUGUGUAACCUGACUUGCUCCUUGCACAUCUGUGUUGCACAUGCAGAGGGGCAAAGUCAUCAGACUAACUUUUGUAAAUGAUAAAUAUUGUGUUGAAUCUCUUCUGUUGGAGAAUGUACUGAUCAGGACCAUUUGAUUUAUUUCAAAGACAUGCACAUUCUUUAAUUAUAAACAUUCCAAUCAAUUUUUUUAAAACCUGGCAUUUGAAAUGUAAUUAACAAGGUUUUUGGGAACCUGUUAAUAUCCUGGAAAUAGAAUAUAAUCAACUCAAUGGGGUGGCCAUCUCUCUGCCACUCAAUAAAUAUUGUUCUUCUGAGAGCAGAAGUCUUGCAAGACCAUAUAGUGUGGCACUUUCAAGAGUAGACUCUCAGUGGACCCAAAGAAAUGCAUUAAUAGUAAGUGCCCAUUGGCCUUUUGGAUCAAGUUUUGAAAGGCUUUCAGCUGGCAGCUCUACAUGAUUAUUCUGUUUCUGUUUUCCUUUCUGAGAGUAAGCCUUCUGAAAGUUUAUGCUGUGUCUUUUAGACUGUAACCACUUUCUCUCUACUCUUUCAUGCUCAGUGGACAAUAUUCAUUUUCCAGAAUAUUAGAAGCUUUCUGUAAAAGUACACUGUGGGUUCAGAAGUUUGCCAGCUUCUGUCUAAGCCUUGAUGACCUUAACUGGGCUCUGUCUGCCAAGUUGACUCAACUCUGGCUGAAAUGAUGGUGAGUUUCUUGAAAGGUUUUCUGAGUCCUAACGUCUUUAGUGGGUCAGAUUUGGCUUUCAGGUGAACUGAAUGCAACAUGUUUAAACGGUACAAAAGAGAGUUCACCUGUUUUAUUUCUUCUUCUCCUUUAUGGGCUACGUUGCUCUCACUGAGGGGAGCUGAACCAGCCCUUAGCCAUGCAGAGUGACAGAGAUGCUUGUGUUGGACACUUCAACCAACUGGAUGAUGCCUUAAUUUAAGCCAUUUUAUAAAUAUGUAUAUUAAACAUUUAUAGAAAAACUGUUUAAAUAAUACACUUGACAGACAAAUGCCAAGAAAUUCAAAGGUGAGACUGAUGUGUCAUAACAUUUGAAUUUGUUUUUGCCUUGUUUCUCUUUCAGUCGUAUCAUUAUGCAUCAUUUUAUAUAUUUAAUAUUCAACCUGUUUUAUGUGGUGAUAAAGUAUUAAUUUUUAUCACACUUUCUGAAACAUACAUUUCAUUUGCUGUGGUGUUGCUUCUGGAGCUGAAACAGGAUGGGAGAACGUAGGCCAUUGGGUUGCUUGUAACUAAACUGAAAAGGAAGAAUUCAGGACAUUAUAGCUGACUUCUAGUAGGCAUUGUAAAGUCACUUCUGUUGUAUAGACUUCUUGGCUAAUCUGUUUUAGGAGAGAGAAUUUCCUUUAGGUUUGUGAAUUAUCCCCACAAAUGUCAUGUGCACAUUUCACUUACUGUAAGACUUGCGUGAGGAAAUGGCACACAAAUGCUGUACCUCUGGUUAAAAUAGGUGAUUUGGAGAUGCAUCCCAUACUUGGACCAUUACAAUAUCAUUUAAAUUCUGUGUGCCUGAGAUUGUCUGGGCUCUGUCUCUGUGCAGUGCAGUAACACUUUUCCAUCAUGAGAAAGUUAUUUGUUUUAAAUACUUCAUUAUAAGGCUAUGUUUUUCGGGGGGGGGGGGGGGGGUUGGGU